CAUAUUGAUAAAUACCCUAAUGCACAAUUGAUUUGGGCACAAGAAGAACCGUUAAAUUCAGGAGCGUGGUCAUAUGUGGCUCCUCGAAUACGAACGCUCAUGAAUCAAUCGAAACGUCACGAAGGUAAGGCCGCUAUACCUUCUACUCGUCCACCAUCAGCUUCUCCUGCAACCGGUAACAAAAAACAACAUAUCCAAGAAGAACACAAUUUGCUAUCACGUGCAUUAAUGGGCCAAGUGAUGAAGCCUAAAGAAGUUAUAUCUGGCGUACCAGUUUGGAUUAUGGACGAAAUAAAUUUAGAAGACUCAAUAUAUUCUACACCCACUACUACGACAGCAAGAAGUACUUCACCACUUAAUCAAGGAAAUGACAUCUCAACUGAGCAU